UAUGUCUGGAGUCACGUGACCAAACUUGACUAUCAACAAGCAAGAUGGCGGCUGAAGUUAGGAAUCCUAACCAGGAGCUGGUGAAAGAUAAUAUAUUUGAAAUAGGACCACGUUAUACCAAUUUACAGUAUGUUGGAGAGGGUGCUUAUGGAAUGGUUGUUUCGGCUAUUGACAAUGUAACAAAGCAAAAAGUUGCUGUGAAAAAGAUAUCACCAUUUGAACAUCAAACCUACUGCCAGCGAACACUGAGAGAGAUUAAGAUUCUCACAAGAUUCAAACAUGAAAAUAUUAUCAACAUUCAAGAUAUUAUUAAAGCCAAUUCUUUAGAAGAAAUGAAAGAUGUAUAUAUUGUACAAUGUUUGAUGGAGACGGACAUGUACAAACUGUUGAAGACACAAAAACUUAGUAAUGACCAUGUUUGCUAUUUUCUGUACCAGAUUCUUCGAGGGCUCAAAUACAUUCACUCUGCUAACGUUCUACACAGAGAUCUCAAGCCCAGUAAUUUACUUCUCAACACGACUUGCGAUCUCAAGAUUUGUGAUUUUGGUUUGGCAAGAGUUGCAGACCCUGAUCAUGACCACACUGGUUUCCUGACAGAGUAUGUAGCGACACGUUGGUACCGGGCACCAGAGAUCAUGCUGAACUCUAAGGGGUAUACAAAGUCAAUAGAUGUGUGGUCUGUAGGCUGUAUUCUAGCUGAGAUGCUCUCUAACAGGCCUCUGUUCCCGGGCAAGCAUUAUUUAGACCAACUGAACCAUAUAUUAGGUGUGAUAGGAUCACCUAGUCAGGAAGAUCUGAACUGUAUAAUUAAUGAGAAGGCACGUGGUUACAUCCAGUCUCUACCAUAUAAAGGAAAGACAGCAUGGUCAAGAUUGUUCCCUCAAGUUAAACCUGAUGCUAUAGAUUUGCUGGAUAAAAUGUUGACAUUCAACCCACAUAAGAGAAUUACGGUAGAGGAAGCCCUGGCCCACCCGUAUCUCAAUCAAUACUAUGACCCGGCUGAUGAGCCUGUGGCUGAACAGCCAUUUACAUUUGAGAUGGAACUUGAUGAUUUACCAAAGGAACGUCUGAAGGAAAUGAUUUAUGAAGAAAUAGAAGCAUUAACGGAGAGAAAUAAACAAGCUUGCAUAUCGUAGACGGUGUCUUCAUUGUAUACCAUCACAGCAUGUGUAACGCAGUGUACGUCAACAUCUCCCAUUCUAUACAUAUCUCUAUCUCUUAGCCAACCACAGCCAGUGAAAAAAUAACGCAUAUUUUAUAGUGCUGAAAACACUUCUCUAUACUUGCCUUCAACUGAUUUUGGGGAACCAGAGAUAUGUUGUUGGCAUCAUUUCAUUCAAGAUAAAGACAUUUCAACAGUUAAAUCUGAUUAGCAAGAGAUCAACAGAUCCUAUGUUUGUUAGAAAGUUAGACAAUUUUGUUUUUGCCCUCGACAUUUUAUACUUUGUAUUAUUAUGUCAUUUAUGUGUGCAUGUUAAGAUGAGGUAAAAUGCUAUAUUUAUAUAACGAUGUUAAUGAAAAUCCUUGUGCUACAGUAUCUAAUAGUUUAAAAGGCGACAUCUAAGAGUGUCACAUUGAUAUAGAUGUGUAUGAUAGAUUGUUCAGCCAUACUCUAUUAGAUAGUGAAGUAUCAUUACAUCGGCACUGUGCUGUGUGAAAUACUCUACAUUCCAUUUCACUGCACUAUUACAAAAUAAAGAGCACUGUAGCAUACUAUCCUCCAAAAAGAAGAAAAAUGUAAUUAUUUUUAUAUGUGUUUGUGUACUAAUGAAGUGCAAUAAUUUUUCCUGUUUUGAAGAACUUUAGGACAAAAAAAAAUUGAAAUAGGAUAACAUAAUUGAUAAGUAUGUCAAAUGAUCAUAUUCGAUAUUGAAACAUGGGCUUAUAAUAUUGAGAUAAAAUCACUACUCUAAGGGUAGAAAAUUCAAAUUUUGCAUUAUUUAUGAUUUGCGUUACUUACACAUCAAGAAUUUAUUUCCAGUGUUUAUUAUUGACAAACUGUCUACUGGUCUUAUCAGUCCUUGCCAAUGAAAUUGUUAAUUUUUAGUUUACUUUCUAAAUAAAAACUUUUUUUUUUUUGCAUAGACAGAAAUCCUCUAAAUGAUUUGAGCCCAUGUAUUUGAUAAUUUUUGCACAGGAAAAAAUAUUAUAACAUUUGAUUUUAGAAAAGAUUUCAUAUCAGAGGCAAAAUCUCAGAAAGAAAAAUGUUAAUAAUACUUAUCAGAUUUCUUGUUUAAAGAUAAAUGAAAUUAAUAUAUACCCUUUGUCUUGUCUAUAUAUCACAGAGAUUUAGCGUAUUUACUUGCAAAUAAGACAUAUUUUUCCUCCUUCAAUUUAGAGCAUUGAUAUGGUACACCUCGCCUUAUAAAUGAAUCUAAAAAAUAGGAGAAAUGAAAAAAAUGCAAAUAUUUGUGUUUAUCUUACGCUUUUUGGCAAGAUAGAAAAGUAUAUCAGAAAGAUAAGAAGUUAUAUUUCACUGCUUGAAACUGAGUGAAGUAAUUUUCGUUCCCUGUCCAUACAUAGAAAUAUAUAGCAAAGUAAAAUGUACGCUGGAUCAAGAUUUUCUUGAUUGUCUCUGUAACCAUAUUUCUUGAAAUAAAAAUUCUUUUGAUAAUUUCACUGUCACUUCGGACACUCUUUAAAAAAUAUUGUUAAAAAUCUCACUUCAUAGUGAGAUAUAUUUUUCAAAUUCACUUCAUAACAAACAACUACCAUCUAUAUCAUGACGGACUUUGAUGAUGUACCGUCUUAUGGGCAAGUAGAUAUGAUAUGUCAUAGAUUACAUCUAGCUUAAUGGAAUAGAGGCUUGGAGCAUUGCACAUAUAAGAUUCACUUUAGUUUACUUGCAUUAGAAGGCAAUCUGCUCAUACACUGUUGUUUAUUUUUGUUCAUUGAUGCUUUCAUUGUUUAUAAAGCAUGAUAUCUUUGUUAGUUUAUAUUAUUUUUGUUGACUUUAUAUAGGUAUCCAUGAGGUACAUGGACUAUAUACAUGAUAUUUGACAUUAUUUUGUUAUACCUAAUAUUUUGUAUACAUGCACUUUAUACUAACUUACUGAUUGACUCAUUUUACAUGUUUAAUUGACUGUUAUUAAGUAUGUUGAUAGCACUAUUUUUAAUAUUUACACAAAAUAACCAACUUAACUAGAGCACAAUCAAUUAAAUGAUAAAUGAUUGACAAGUAAGUAAACACGAUAAUUCUGACAUUUCCUGUAAACAUAUUAGAUACAUUACAGUGAUCACAACACUUAAUUUUCUGUGGUCAUAUAAGAUAUAUUAGUGAUCAUGAUACUGAUAAACACGUGGUUAUGUAGAUAUGAUCACUAUACUAAUAUUUCAAUGAUCACAAUACUUACAUUUAAAUGAUCACAUUGACUAUAUCAUAGUGAUCACAAUACUUACAUUUAAAUGAUCACUUUGACUAUAUCAUAGUGAUCACAAUACUUACAUUUAAAUGAUCACUUUGGCUAUGUCACAGUGGUAAGAAAUAUGUACGUUCUUAUCAUCUCAUUGUUUGGAUAGGAUUGAUCACAAUUCACUGAUCACAUUGGUUAUGUCAUAGUGAUCACAUUGGUUACAAUUUAAGUGAUCAUUGCUGCAAGCUUGCUGGUCUUAAUUUCAAUUUCAUUACUUCACAGAGAUCACAUUUGUUGAAAAACAGGCUAAAAGGUAAUAUAUUGUUUGAAUUGCCAGCACUUGAAAUAAUGAUGCCAUUCCUGUUCUGGUAUUUUACCAUAUUACAAGUGAUUGCAGGAUAGUGAUGUCAUAGGUUGCGUCAUAGUGACCACAAUGUUAGAUAACAGUAAGCACAUUGUUUACAUGACAAUUGAAUUCAUAGGUGGUGACACCACAUUUACUUUCCUAAGUUACCACAUUCGGUAUUGAACAUUACAGUUACCACAUUGGGUAUAGUACAUUACACUUACCACAAAUGGUAAAAUAGAUUACAGUUACCAUAUUAGGUAUAGUACAUUAUAGUUACCACAUUGGAUGUAAUAAAUUACAGUUACCACAUAUGGUAGAAUACAUUACAGCUACCAUAUUUGGUAAAGUAUAUUGUAUUCACCACAUUUGUUAAAGUACAUUACAGUUACCACAUAAUUAUUAUCAAUAUUAUUAUUAUUAUACAUGUUACUAAUAUUAUACAGUAAAUAUCAUACAUUGUAUAUUUAGGAUGCUGAACAAACCUUGAUGUAACUGUCAUUUUGAAAAUAUUUUUUAUUUGAUAAUAAAUUAGAAAAACAUGUUUUUACCCGAUGAAUAGUGAGGUAAACAAAGGUAUAGAGAGAACUUGAUGGUUAUUUUUUUGUAACCCUGUAUAACUAACUAUAAGAAUGUCACACAAAGGUGAUAACAGAAUGACAUGUGAAGUUAUUAUCAGUGUGCUAUAAUUAGCAUGAUAAUGUUAUUGUUAGAGAUGUCUUGUAAAUGUUUACUUAUUUUAAUAUUAUAAAUACUCUCAUCUUAACCUUUAACUUGUUGGAAUUAAAAAUGAUUCACCUUUGUCACUAGUAUAGAGCCAGGCUAUCUGGCACAUCCAUGCAGUCUGGCCAGGCUCUAUACUGUUGGUAGCUUAAGAUUUAAACCUGGGCGAGUCCAUUACACAAAUUCAGCAGGUUAAGUGUUCAGUUACCAAACUUGAGCAUGCCAAGAUUUGUUAUAGUUAAGCAUUUAACUUUUUUUGUAGAUUUUUAAAUGAUUUUUUUAAUGUUUUGUACCAUUUUUUUUCUCUAAUUUAAAGAUAUCUACAGUGUAUUGAUGACGGGUCUCAAUGCUGUUUUUAUUUUUAUUGAUUUCCUUCUUCUAACUAAGCAGAAACUUUGGUAUUAAAAAUUGGUUGCCAAAUUUUAGUGUUGACCUUUGACCUUACAAUCAGCAGCUCAGUGAUUUAUUACUGUGUGCUUUAUAGAUCACUUUUCAUAUUGGGUGCCAAGGACUUGUUUGAUGAAAGACCAAGUUUCAUUUCUUUGUUUUCUUUCUAUUUGCUGAUGUUUAUAAAACUAUGUAAUUAAUAUUAAUUUUUUGGUACUAACAUUGAAUUCAACAAAUAAAAUGAACAAAUUAUAUAAAUCAGUAUCAAAUAAAUGUCUUUGAUAAAAAUAAAAUGAUUGGAAUAUUUUUUUUCUUUUUAGCAUAAACUUUUUGUACAGUUCUUAUUUAGCAAAUGUCAUUUCACCUUUUGCUCUCAAUGUUCAAAAGUUUUUCACAUUUGUGAAUACUUCAAUUCUCCAGAAUUUAAUACUUACCAGGAUAACUCCUUUUAAAUUGUUAUUAUUUACAACUUCUGGUAGUUGGCAUAUUAACCCUUUCUUACUCCAGUGAUUAACUUGGUCUUUCACUAAAUAAGGUUUUUGCUAGCUUUGUUGCCUUAAUUUAUUGAUCUCUUAAGUAAUGACCUUCACCUCCUAAUAUUGACCUCAUUUUUUAUGCUCUCCAACAUUUCUUGGUGUAGCAUUUAGUUGCCAGCUCGUUCUUCCUUUUUGUCACAAGUCACAAUUAUAUACCGUUUCUCAUAACACUGUCAUGAAUUGACUAAUUUCUUACAUAUUUGCUGUGUUUGUACCUUCCUUGAAUUUCUACCCUUGAAAUAGGGGACCAGUUCAAGGUGAAGGUCAAUGAAGCUAGAAAUAGAUUUUUCUUCUACCCCUCAUAGUAGGGCCAUGUUUUAAACUUUGUCAUAGCAACAUUUGGGAACAUCAGUCAGUGUUAAUGAUGUUCUUGUACUGGAAUAUCAUUCUGCAAAAAGAAAAACAACAUUGUUUUUAUUGACUAAACUUUGUGUUUGUAACAAUAGGGCAUGAUGAUUUGUUUCAUAGUUACUUUGAAAAGCAUUAACUGAAGUAAGUGCUGGAAUCAUGAGAAAAAGUGCUGACUACAUCGAUUAUCUGUUAUCACCAUGUUUCAUUUAAUUGUUACUUAAUUGCAUGUUUUCAUUUAGAUUAUUCAUGUAUCAAUUUAUGUUUCACUGUUCCAAAA